CAGAAGCCGAUAUGUUCCUAUAAUGCUGACUUUAAACAUAUCUUUUCAUAAAAGUCGUGUUCUCGUUCGCGAGCGCAUUGAAUUGAAUUUUCAACGAAUUUAGUCCAAUUCGAAAACUUUUGGUAAACAUUACUACAAAAGAUCGUGUAAGAAUGAAGCUUGCACUUGUAUUAUUCAGUUUCGUGUUCUGCAAUCCCGUCACUGGAAUUGAAUAUUACACGGCCACGUAUGAUAAUAUAGAUGUGGAUGCAAUUCUUAAUAACGAACGUCUUUUUACUCAAUAUAUGGGUUGUCUUCUCGAGAAUGGACCUUGCACCGCUGAUGGGCGCACUCUUAGGCGUAUAUUACCAGAAGCAAUAACUACAAGAUGCGAGAAGUGCAACCCAAGACAGAAACAAAUAGCGAAAAAGAUAUCCAAUCAUUUGAAAGAGAAGAAACCGGACAUUUGGAUAAUGUUGAUCGAGAAAAUAGAUCCUCAGGAAGAAGACAUUGCAGCUUUCGAAGAAUUUCUAGCGCAAAAGGAGGAAGAAUAUUUGCUUCGUUAGCUUUUUUAAUAUAUCUUGUGUGCAUGUAAAUGGAA